GCUAAUUAAGCUCUUCAAUUCGCACAUUGCUUUGAAGUUCCUCUUCGCUGCAACGUUGCGUCGUAUCAUAGAAAAAUAAAAGAAUUUUUAAUGUUGAAUAUAAAGAUGGCUUUAAAAGUUGAAAGUUUAAGUGUGUCGGACGUUAUUAUAGUGCUUGAAAACUCUGACAUGAAGGAGUUUAUUGAUUUUGUUAAGGAGAAAGAAAUAAAUGGUGAAAAGUUAGUGGCAAUUUCAGAAGGGAUCGUGAAGCUGUGGCGUCCAAAUAUCAAUACUAGGAAAUUUAUGGCAUUCAUACAAGACGUGAAGAUAAAUCCACAGAAAUACUUAAAUUGCUUGAAAGAUGACGAUAUAAUAACGAUAAAGGAGACGAAUCUGUGUAGCGCGAACCAGUACCAAACGGUCAGCGUGAGAAAGAUAAGUCAGCAGGAGACAAACUUUAAUACUGUAGAGGAAAUAUUGAAAAAGAUAACUGUACCGAAAAGUUUUCUGUACAGAAACGGCCCGAAGAAACUAGAGAGGUCAUCCUAUAUGCCGAUGGAUGCAGGCACUACUAAGAAACCUAAAAAGUUUUUCAGAUUAAGUUCAUAUGAAUACCCGAUUUUCGAUCUCAAGUCACGAUUCUCGAAAACCGAAAACACAGACCGAGGUUACUAUUCCGUCAAAACGGAUAACAAAUUUUACAUUCAGAAAACUUGUAAAAAAACCGAUUCAAAGCCUAAAUACAAAUCUCUACCCACACCAGAGGAGGCUAGCGAGAAAAUAACUGAAGAUCACUUUUACGAAGAUCUGUGUUACAAUGACAUUGAUAAUAAAAAAGAUAGUCACAAAAGUCUGACUCAAAUCCCUCAAGUUAAGCCGUGUAUGGUAAAAAUACAAGAACUGUUUCAAUCUUUCAAGAUACCAUUUUUUAAAAAAUCUGAAGAGGUUAAAGUGAAAGAGGAGGAAGAUACAAGUGCAUGCAAAAACAUAGUGACAGAAAGAGACGGCAAUAUAUAUGAGAACAGUUCGAAUGAUAUGUACGAUUCGAUACAUAUAGUUAAGGACAACGACACUGAGAAGGUCACUCCUGGACCAAAGUUACUUGUUGAAGAUUACCUGGAGCCAGUGCAAGUGAACAAGGAUUACUGCGACAUUUGUCUCAAACAGAGGGACGAUUCGUUGCUCGGCUUCAUUAUGAACUACUUCGAAACUCGUCUUGGAUUAAAACGAGAAACAAAUGACGUCACCCAAUCAGAAGAAUCAGAGACGGAACCGUCUUGUGAAAAAGAAUGGGAACGAAACAAUAUGGCGGCCCGUCCCCUUCCGGUUCCAGUCGAGAACGAGCCUUACUACAUGAGCAUUGACAGGACAGAAGCGGAGAAUCUGUUGAUGGGUCAACCUGAUGGCACCUUCGUACUGAGACCUUCUAGUCAGUCGAACCACGCCUACACUCUCAGCGUGUCAUGUGCGAACUCAGUUCACAACGUCGGUGUCCGUCGCCGACCAGACGGACGCCUUGCUCUCGGCUUCGCUCGACGCGGCGAAAGGAGUUUCACCAGCGUCACGUCAUUAUUACGUCAUCACAAGAAGAAGAGGCUCCUUCUGGUAGCUGGAGGAGAGCUGAUAGGAGCGACGACGCUGAAUGAAACGCCGCAGUACUAUCAAACUCCUAGCGGUCUUCCUGUUAUGCAUUAAGAAGAGAUACAACAGAAUUUCUAGAUUAUUCGAAAUUCGAAAAUCAUUUUAAAUUGUUAUUGUAGUGGCAAGCUUUAUCUAUAAUAUAUAUAAAAGCGAAAGGUCACUCAUCACGAAAUCU